AUGAACAAGACGAAAGGCGUGAUCCAGGCUGGCAAUCUCCACCGCAAGCGCACAGGACUAUUUGCUAAACUCACGUGCAGCAAGGACCUCGUGUACGUCGAGGCGAAUGAAGAGCUCAAGAACGUGACAGUGUUCGAGUCGGAGACCAACAAGGCCACGCCCCUUGCGACCGUCGACUUGUCGUUAAAUGCCACGGUCGAGUUUGACUCGUCGAUGACGCACGGUAUCAAACUGGCCAAUGAGAAGAGCACCGAGAUCCUUGCAGCCGAAACCAAGGAGAAGCAGGAGGAGUGGCUUCACUCGUUCAUCAAUGCUGGUGCGCACUAUCGUGAAGCAUUUAACAAGGAGGACACCGCCAAGAUCAAGUCGUUCUACGAGCUAAAGGACGUUGACAUGGACGGCAAUGAAGUGCCCAUGUCCAAGUACAAGGGCAAAGUGGUGCUGGCCGUGAACGUGUCGAGCAAGUGUGGUCUGACGCCCAAGAACUACCCGGAGCUGCAACAGCUGUACGAGAAGUACCAGACCGAGGGGCUAGAGGUACUGGCGUUCCCAUGCAACCAGUUUGCUGGCCAGGAGCCAGGCACACACAAGGAGAUUAUGGACUUUGUGAAGCAGUACAACGUGACGUUCCCAUUUUUCAAGAAAGACGAUGUCAACGGCGCAACGGCUCGUCCAGUGUUCAGUUAUCUGAAAACAAAGCUGCCGGGUACAUUCGGCGACUUUGUCAAGUGGAACUUCACCAAGUUCCUAGUGGACCGCGACGGCCAACCCUACAAGCGUUUUGCUCCGAAGGAACGUCCGUUGUCGAUGGAGGAGGAUAUCAAAACACUGCUGGCGCAAAAGGCUUCGGAAGAGUGA